UCUUCAGACACUACCCGACUCUUCCGUCUGCAAAGAGCGUUGCACCUCCCUCAAGUCCCCAUAUCCUCCCUCGAGGACCCUCCAACGAAGGCGGCUCCAACCGCUUUGCAACUCGCGCGCACACAGACACACAAACAGCAGAGCCUAGCAAUGGAUGAUCACGUCGCGAGGCAUGCAGUUCCGGAGGAGGCACCAGUAAGGACAUUGGGAAAUGUCCGUUUGAGGGACGAGGCUACGAACGAAAUCAUCUUGAUCCCCAAACCUUCCACAGACCCAAAUGACCCUUUGAACUGGCCACAAUGGUACAAAUACUACAUGGCGGGGUUGAUCUGCGUGGCCAUGAUGAUGUGCAAUUUUCUUGCAGCGGGCCCGUCAAUAGCUCUUCUGGAGACGGCGCUGGAGUUCUAUCCGGCUGCGGCUACAGAUAAUGCGGUUCUGUCGUACUCAAUCUCCCAGACGGCGUACUUCUUCACGACAACCGCGCUCCUUCAGGGGGUCGGCAACUUUUUCUGGGUGCCCAUGGCCAACAAGUUUGGCCGGCGCCCAGUCUAUGUUGCCAGCUAUACGAUCUACUUUGUGUGCACGAUAUGGCUCAUCUUUGAACACUCGUACGCGGGCUUCCUCGCCGGGCGGAUCUUGAUGGGUUUCGGUGCUGGUGCGGCAGAGACCAUUGCCCCUAUUUCCAUCGCUGAUGUCUUCUUUCUGCACGAAAGAGGGACCAUCAUGGCCGUCCGGCUGGUGUUGAUCAGUAUCCGGCUAACGACCCCAAAGCUUGUAUACUUCUUUCCUCUCCGCAGGAGUUGGUUUUGGACUGGUGAUUUCAGGGCAAGCUCUUUUGACAGUCUUAUCACCAUCAACCAUGACUGGAGAGUAAUUUACGAGGUUUCUGCCGCCUUGAUCGGUGUCGUUCUCGCGCUUGCGUUCUUCACCUUCCCCGAGACGGCCUACGAGCGAGACGAGGCGAGCAACUGGAACCGAAUGGCAUCCAUCGACGCCAACAAGCCUGGUUCGGUGGGCUCAGAGAGCGAACUCGCUCCCCGCUACGCAGAAAACGCUCUUCCACGCUCGAGAAAGAACUCUUACCUGUCGUCCCUGAAAAUCUUCCACAAAACCUUGACGCAGGAGAGCCUGCUGAAGCUGUCUCUGCGGCCCCUGGGUCUGAUCAUCCUCCCGCCCGUGCUGUGGGCGGCACUGGUGCAAGCCGUGACCGUUGGUUUCCUUGUCGCCGUGUCUUCGAAUAUCGCUUCUGCCUUCAACACCGCCUACGGUUUCGAUGCUUGGCAGAUCGGGCUGUGUUUCAUCGCCGGCAUCAUUGGGGCCGCGGCCGGUAUCCCAGCGGGUGGGCACCUUGGGGACAAGGUGGCCGACUGGUUCACGUUACGCAACGGCGGCAUCAGGGAUCCGGAAAUGCGGCUUCCUGCUAUGGUCAUCUCCAUGGUAUCGACACCUCUGGCCCUUAUCCUAUACGGCGUCGGGAUCGCGAACCAGCUGCACUGGAUCUGUCCCACCAUUGGGUUGGGACUCUUGACGUUUUCCAUUUCCCAGGGCACCAACAUCGCAACUGUGUAUGUCAUUGAUGCGUACCGACCUAUAACCGGGGAGGUGACGCUGUCGGUAAUGGGGUUCAAGUCACUUUUCGGCUUCCUGCUGUCCUUCUACACAAACACAUGGAUCGAGCAGGCCGGGUACGUGAAUGCGUUCGGGGCGAUGGCGGGAAUCGCGACUGCCGUCCUGAUCAUGUGGGUGCCGAUGUUCGUUUGGGGAAAAGCAAUACGACAUGAGUCGUGGAAAUGGCGGAUCGUCUCGUAUAUCCAUUGGAGCGAGGACAGGGAGGUCGGAGAGUGA